CCUACUAAGACUUGAAAGCAGACUAUCUCCAGGGCAAAAACAGGCCAGCUCUUCGGUUCAAGUGGCAACAAAACCAGGGAUACAUUUAUACCUCAGUUCCUCUUCAGGAAGAUCCAUAGCCAUAGGAAAGUUGACCACAUUCGCUAACCUAGCCUGGGGCAGUUUUGUAAUAGUCACGAAGAAGGUUGGUGGCGGUUGGUUGUUUGGUUCUGUCACAGCCUGCUUGAAAACUCUACAUCAAAAUCGGAAACCGACCUACGACGACUGAGACCACGACGUAAUCCAAGCUUGCCCAAACAAACGGUGACCAUGAUGAGUGGCCAAGCCAGUGACGUCACCACUGAGAGUGGCGAUGUCAUCAGCCAUAAUGACGUACCCGAUGAGCUGAUGUCGGUUGUGACGAGCCUGACGUCACCGCGCAGAUACGUGCCGCAGUGGUACGUGUACGAUACACGCGGGUCGGAGCUGUGUGAGGAACUGAUACAGAAAUCUAAGACCUACAAAGUCUGGCAGCACGAGUACAGUAUACUUCAGACCCACGCAGACGACAUCGCCAGUAAAGUCUCGUCCCCGGCCGUUCUUGUGGACCUCGGCAGCGGAGCGUCCUCCAAAACCCGCCUGGUUAUCGAGGCUAUGCGGCAGCGGCACGGGCGCCUCACGUUUGUUCCAGUGGACAUGGCGAAGGAGUUUAUCGAGAAUUGCGGCCGGCAGUUGGAGACAGACUACCCGGGCCUGACCGUAGAACCCUUCGGUGGUAUGUACAUGGACGGGGUGCAGAAUGUUGCCGCCCGGGAGGAGAACAGGUUGCUGCUGUGGCUGGGGAACAGCUUCAGUAACGUCUCCAUCCAUCACCAGGUGAAGAUGCUGCAAGAGAUCCGGGCACAGCUCAGUGAGGGAGACCGGCUUGUCAUCGGUGUGGACAUGGACGCUGACCGAGAGGCCUUGUCUCAGGCGUACGGGGACCAGUGGGCACCGAUCUGGCGAGACAACCUCAUCUCUCGUCUUAACAAGGACUUUGACGGAAACAUGGACGUUGAGAAGUUUGACUUCAGUUUUGAACUUGUGGAGAACCCUCCGGACGGAGACACGCCGAGCUACGUCGCUUUGUCUCUCAGCAGUUCCGGCAGACAGCGGGUGCAUUUAAGAACACUCGGCCUCGACAUUGACUUUGACGACGGUGAGAAGAUUUAUUUCUACGAGGGUCCAAACACCAGCUGCAAGUUUAACCUGAGACAGCUGCGCCGCCUAGCGGAAAGUAGCGGCUUUGCAGUAGAUGCUUACUGGACCAAUGCUGAGGAGAAUUAUUGUGUCAUCUGCUUGGCACCAGCAGAUGUUAGCCAUACUUCUGUUUAACGUCUAUGGGUGAAAGGAAAACAGUACGUUCUGGGACAUUCAAUUUGAUUUACCAAAAGAACACAUUUGGGGUCAAGCCGGAAGUACAUAAGUUUGCCUUCUUUAUAUAAUACUUAAAAUAUGUAAUCAAUACCAUCCUAUGUAUCUAAAAAUUAAUAAGUAUGUUUGCUGAUUAAGUUCUAAACAGUUCUGGAUGAGGUUUUUAACGGUUGUUUUGUACAAGUUCUCAUGUAUUUAUGUUAUCGGCUUUGUGUGCUGAAAUUUGACUCAGGCAAAAAAUCACUUUAAACAAAGGUUUGUUACCGAGGUUAGUUACCAUUGGGGAUCAACCUGAAGGAAGCGGAAAUCCUUGCUCAAAACCGCCCUGAAUGGAGACUGCUUGCUGCCAAAUGUGUCACUACACACGGAAGGAUCUAAGUUGCCGAGGACAGUUGGUAUUUCGAAACGAAAUAAACUGAUACUUAGUUGAGCGUGGAAGACAAUUACCCAGGAGGAAAACUUGGGAUGUAGUCAACAACAGACGAACUGCCUAUCAUUAGUACCAGUCAUUAUUUGAUAGAUGAUUGGAGUACAAUUUUCCGUAAAUUUCCGGGUCCUCUAGGACGCCACCGAAACGGAUGUCACAGGAAUUCAGUUCCUGCGACGGUUUGGUCCGACAUGUAAUCAA